CAGUACUUCACACUCCUACCAAAGCAGUACUGACAGUAUCUUCCAACAUUCAAAGCUAUUAGUACUAUAGACUCCAAUUCUACCUGCUAAUCUGUGGAUAACACUGAAGCGGAUCAGAUUUGAAGGAUUUUUAACAGAUUUUUGGUUACUGCUGCGACUGUUGGGGUGGCUGCCUGAAGAUUCAAAUUAACUUUAUUAUACCGGGAGUUACGUUUUUGAUUGCUCGUCAAACAGUGGGAUUAUAGACAACAUGACAAGACAAGCUGAAGAGGGAGCACACAGUCCCUCCCUGUGAUUUUCAGCUGUUAUAAUGUUUGAAAGACAACUAAUGGUUUUACCUCUUUGUUGACAUGAGCGCUUCAUUCAAACAUCUCAUAAUGGCCUCACACUGCAUAACAUAACCUGGGACAAUACAAGACAGGAGGCAGGUGUGACAAUGGCGUCCGAUGAGAAGCCUCAUCAGGAGAGUACGUUUUACUCCAUAUUUUCCUGCUGUUUCAAAGACCGGGAGCCGCAGCAACCGGAGAUCACCUAUCGCCAUGACAACCAUAACCUGUUCGCGGGACUGGAGCCCGCUCUGCCCAUGCCCCCCGAACAAGAGCUGGACGCCCGCUUCACAGAGCUGGUGGAUGAGUUGGAUCUCACUGAGGAGCACAGAGCACGCAUGUUUGCACUGCCAGCAGAGAAGAAAUGGCAUAUUUAUUGCAGUAAAAGAAUGGAAGCAGAGGAGAACAAUGGAGCCACUCGUUGGCCUGAUCAUUACAUUGACCGUCUAAAUAUGACUGCGGGGAGGACGUUUGUGGCUCUGGAUGGAGACGAUGACAAUAGCAGGCACAAACUUGUGGAGGGUCUGAAGACUGCACUGAGGACACAACCAAUGAGGUUUGUGACGCGGUUCAUUGAGCUGGACGGUUUGUCUUGUCUCCUGAACUUCCUGAAGAAGAUGGACUAUGAGACAUCAGAGUCGAGCGUCCACACGUCUCUGAUUGGGUGUAUCAAUGCGCUCAUGAACAGCACCCAAGGGCGCGCACAUGUCCUGGGACACCCUGAGAGCAUCAACAUCAUCGCACAGAGUUUGGCCACAGAAAACAUCAAGACUAAGGUGUCAGUGUUGGAGAUCCUCGGGGCAGUUUGCCUGGUGCCAGGGGGACAUAAGAAAGUGCUGGAGGCCAUGACACAUUACCAGACAUUCGCAGCAGAGAGGACACGUUUUCAGAGUCUGGUGUAUGACCUGGAUAGAUCCACUGGUCGUUACAGAGAUGAAGUGAAUUUAAAGACGACAAUCAUGAGUUUUAUUAACGCUGUGCUUGGGAAAGGAGCUGGAGAGACCAGUCUUGAGUUUCGGAUCCACCUGCGAUAUGAGUUUCUGAUGUUGGGCAUUCAGCCGGUGAUUGACAAACUGCGCUCACAUGAAAAUGCCACUUUAGACGUACAUCUUGACUACUUUGAGAUGCUCCGAAAUGAAGAUGAACUCCAACUCAGCAAACGCUUUGACUCUGUGCAUGUAGACACCAAAAGUGCCAAUGGGAUGUUUGAGGUCUUGAGGAAGAAGCUGAGCCACACAGAGCUGUACCCACACUUUCUCUCUGUGCUGCAGCACUGCCUCAUGAUGCCCUUCAAACAGGGCAGCACCUCUCGGCAGUACUGGGUGUUACUGGACAGAAUCAUCCAACAGAUCGUUCUUCAGACGGAGAAAGGAGAAAACCCUGAUGUUGCCCCAUUAGAAGACUUCAAUGUGAAAAACAUCAUCCGAAUGCUGGUCAAAGAAGAUGAGGUCAAACAAUGGAAAGAACAAGCAGACAAAAUGAGAAAAGAGCAUCAGAAUUUGCAGCAGAGGUUUGAGCGUAAAGAGCGUGAGUGUGAGGCCAAGAACAAAGAGAAGGAGGACAUGCUGGAGAUGCUGAACAAGAUGAAGGACAAACUGGAGCGAGAGACAAAUGAACUGAGACAGACCAAACAGCAAAUGGCCGAACUGUCAGCGAGACUACAGCAACUCAGCAGUAGCUCUAAUAUUCCUGGUGGACCUCCUCUUCCCUCCUCCACUUCUGGUGGCCUUGCUCCUGUCCUGUCUGGCCUCUCUCCCCCUGCCCCUCCCCCCCCACCCCCUCCUCCCCCCGGCGGACCUCCAGGGUUUGGGUUCAUCCCGCCCCCUCCACCGCCUCCGGGAGCACCCAUGGGACAAGUGAAAGAGAAGAACGUCCCCAAACCUGAUAACCCAAUGAAGUCAUUCAACUGGAGCAAACUGCCACCGAAUAAAGUGAACGGCACUAUCUGGGAAGACAUAGAUGACCUCAAAGUGUUCAAAACUCUGGAUCUUGAGGAGUUUCAGAAAACCUUCUCAGCCUAUCAGAGACCACAGAAAGAUACAGAGGGCGAGGUGAAGAAGGUGAAGGAGCUGUCAGUUAUUGAUGGUCGACGAGCUCAAAACUGCAACAUUUUGCUCUCAAGACUGAAACUGACCAAUGAGGAGAUUAGUCAUGCGAUCCUGACCAUGGACGAACAGGAGGACUUACCCAAAGACAUGCUCGAGCAGCUCCUGAAGUUUGUCCCAGAAAAAAGUGACAUUGAGCUUUUGGAGGAGCACAAGAAUGAACUGGACCGAAUGGCCAAAGCUGAUCGCUUCCUAUACGACAUGAGCAGAAUAAACCACUACCAGCAGAGGCUACAGUCCCUUCACUUUAAGAAGAAAUUUACAGAAAGACUGGAAGAGGUCAAGCCUAGAAUCCAAGCUCUGAGUCUAGCGUCUCGGGAGGUGACGAGGAGUGGUUCACUACGACAUCUUUUAGAGAUAGUUUUGGCUUUUGGAAACUACAUGAACAAAGGACAAAGAGGGAAUGCGUAUGGAUUUAGGAUCAACAGCCUCAACAAGAUUGCAGACACCAAGUCCAGCAUAGACAAGAGCGUUACUCUCCUCCAUUACCUGAUCACUGUGUUGGAGCAGAAAUAUCCAAAAGUGAUGACAUUCACUGAGGAUCUAAAAAAUGUGCCAGAAGCCGCUAAAGUCAAUAUGACUGAGCUGGAAAAGGAGAUUGGGAGCCUAAGAUCUGGUCUGAAGCUUGUUGAAUCGGAGCUCCAGCACCGGCAGUCUCAGUCCUCCCAGGGCCCCGUGGACAAGUUUAUCCCUGUGGUCAGCCAGUUCAUCACCGUGGCAACCUUUAGCUUCUCAGAGGUGGAGGAGUCUCUCAGUGAGGCCAAAGAACUGUUUGAUAAGGCGCUGAGGCACUUUGGAGAGGACGCCCUGCAGCCCGAUGAGUUUUUUGGGAUUUUUGACUCUUUCAUGACGUCAUUCUCAGACGCAAAACAAGACAACCUGAAUAUGAUCAAACGCAAAGAAGAGGAAGAGAGACGAGCUCUGAUGGAGGCAACGCUAAAGAAAGAAAGAGAGAAGAAAGCCAAAGCUAACGAGGAUGGUCAGCGGAGCGGGGACUUUGACGAUCUGGUGUCCGCCCUGAGAUCUGGAGAGGUGUUUGAUAAAGAUAUGUCCAAAAUGAAUCGGAGGAAACAGAGAAAAGUAAACCAGUUUGAGACGAGCCGAGAGAGGCCUGCCACUAAACUAAAGGAGUAAACAUGCACUUUAUGGACACUGGAUAUGAAUUUUUAAAUGACUCUAUUGGACUACUAUAGAGCACUGGACCAAAUGCUGCUGAAAAUGCUGCUGCUGCAAGAUUUUAAGGGCCCAUAUUAUGCUAUUUUCUGAUCUGUGUUAUAAUGUUUUCUCAUCACAAACAUACCUGGAGUUGUGUUUUGUUUCAUUCACACAUAUUUAACACACAAACCCUGCAUGUUUAGACUGAGUUUGUCUCUCAAGCAGAAAACGAUACAGAAAAAGCUACACUGUGUUUUUAAUGUCCAGUUUCCAAUCUGUAGUGAAUAAAAGGUAAAGGGUAGCUGUUUGCUUGAAAUCUAUUGCUUCAUCACUGCUACAUCACAGCGUGGAACAGAACAUUUUGAGCUUUGGAGAUAGACAGAUGAAUAAUAAAGGAUUACUCAAAUAUGUGUGAAUUUAAUAAAAACUCAACUCUGGGUUUGUUUUUCAGGAGGUAACAACAUUAUAACAUGGCUUAAAACUCACAAGGGUCAAUUUUGCCUAAUAUAGGACCUUUAAUGUUACUAUAAAAUGUUGUAAUUAUGUUCUGUAUGUAUUUAUUUUCAACUACUGCCAGUGUUCAAAGCUGUGAGUCAGAAAAUAAAAAGGAUUACAUUUGAAGAAGGAAAGAAUAAA